GCCAGCAGCUGCUAGCCAGUCGAUGGUAGAGUCAGCUGUAGCUAAUGCUAAUAUAACAUAACAUGUUUAUACUCUAAAAUCACCGAGUUGCCUUUUCAAGACGAUGUCACAGAUCAGCAAUAGUGUCUGUUUACCGCAAAAUGCGGAGAAUGCUAUUGAAAGUGAUGUUAAUCUUAACCAAGACUCGGCAACUGUGUUAGAGGCCGAGACAGUAAUAAACACUCACAAUAGUAGUUCGCAGGUUGAAGUAGACUCUGAAGACCUGAGGGAGCUGUUGACUGAUGAUUACUGCCACAUCUGUGAAGCUGUGCUGCUGUUUGAGGCCCAGAGGACUUCCCAUUAUGAGGGAAAGAAACAUGCACAAAAAGUUCGUCUGUACCUCCUGUCAAAGAAAUCUCAGAACCCAGACAAAGACACUACAGUACUGCAGCAGGCUGGAAGCUCUGUGGAUAAAGAGAAGUUCUGUGAGCUGUGCAACAUGGUCUUCAGUUCAUCAGUGGUGGCCAAGUCUCACUAUGAGGGCAAGGUCCACGCCAAAAACAUGCGCAGAUUCCGGCCCCUUGAUGCCAAACUGAAGGUGGAGUGUGCACAGCCCUCCUCUCCUCAAAUGCCAGACGAGCCAGAGGCGACAGCUGAUGGCACUGCCACCACCACGACGGCAUUACAGGUGGACAACCCUGCCACUGCUGCUGCCACCAGCUCUGCAGUCGCCAGCGGUGUCCUCGUGGUGCAGGAGGUGGACCUGAGUGACCCCAAUAAGCACUGCCGCAUGUGCACCGCCACCUUCAACAACCCACACAUGGCCCAGCAGCACUACGCCGGCCGCAAGCACCAGCGCAACCAGAGCCGCCAGCAGCUCAUGCAGGAGCUGGCCGAGGAUGGGGAGACAGCGAGUUCCCUAACCUGUCCAAUAUGCAGCGUGACCUUCAGCUCGGUGGAGAUGUACCAGUCUCAUAUGCAAGGGAACAAACACCAGGUCAAGGAGAAAAAGGUUUCAGACCUGUGCAAGUCUCAACAGAAAGUCUACGACUCCUUCCAAGACGAGCUGGCCGACUACAUAGCGGUGCAGAAGGCUCGUGGCCUGCAGCCCAAAGCAGGGGAGAGAGGCCAACAAGACCGGAAUGAAGACACGACUACCGCUCCUCCUCCGCCACCUCCUCCCCCUCCUCCUCCGCCUCCUCCUCCUCCUGCCCUCCUACCUCCCUCUCUCUUUUCUCUUCGGUUUCCCCCUCCACACAUGGCCCGUCCCCCUUUCCACCCUCCGGCCAAUCACUUUGGAGCCUGGGCGAGGGGCAACCCACCAACGCGCCCCCCGCCUCCCUUCUGGGAGCAGGGCUACAACAAUCAGGCCCGACCAAACUCUGUGCCCUACGCCCAGCACCGGCCCCAGGGUCCAGGUGGGCGGCGGCCAGCCAGAGGCAGGAGUCCUGAUUGGUCAAGCUCCUCUUCCUCUUCCGGGUCCGAUUCUUCUUCCGGUAGCAGUAGCAGCAGCGACAGUAGCAGCAGCAGCAGCAGCAGCAGCGACUCUGACGACUCCAGAGAGCGGAGGCGGCGACGGAAACGAAAGCUUAAGGAAAGAGGGCGCAGAGACAGGAGGAAAGAACGGCGCAGCGCAGAGAGGUCACCGCGGAGAAGAGAGAGGGAUGAGAGAGGUGAGGAAGAUCGCGAGAGGAGAAGAAGCAGGCGACGGAAGGAGCGGCAGAGGAGGCGCAAGAGGGAGGGGUCGGAGGACAGGAGGCCGAGGAGAGGAGAGAGGCCGAGGAGGAGACCUCACAAAGAAGAAGAGGAGGAGGAUUGGGAAGGAGCAAAAAGGAGAAGAACAGAACAUGAAGACCUCAGGGUGGGCGAGAGAGAGAACUAUGCUGCUGGUCAUGUCAGAGAAGAGAUGGUUGAAGAAGGAGGAGGUCAUGUGACGUACGGACAAGACAGCAUUGCACUGAUGGAGAGCAUCGUGGGGGAGGAGAAGAGUGACAAGCACAAAGCCCGACAUAAGAAAGAGAGGAAGAGGAAGGAACGAAGUGAAGAGGUGGACACCAGGACGGAGGAGGAGAAGCUUUGGGAUGAGUCUAUAAUUGGCACCCUGUGAAAAGACAGAAAAGACUCUCUGUCCAGCACAUAUUACAGCCUCAAUUCCACACUUAGCAAGUGGAAUCACAUUUGCCCCAGAAGAGUGUUAAAUCUGACUCUCUAAGUGGUGAAUGAAAGAGCACCAUAAAAUCGAACCAAUUAAUUAUGCAGUGUUAAUGAAAUAGAUAAUUAAAUUAAAUGCUAUGCUAGAACAUACUAUUUGGUCCCAUUCAGAUAGUGUUGAAUUAACACUGUGGAAUUUACCGUGCGGAAGGUCCAACACAACCAACACAUUGGCAAACAAAAUCAGUACACCUGCUUAUUUGUUCUCCUCCUGGGGGAUAUUACAAGAUAGUGAAGUGAUAAACCUGGCUAUGUUAAUCUGGCCCAGAAUGUGGUUAACCUUGUAGCAGAUAACCUAUUGGCAUCAUUUAGUUGAAAAGUUACGGUACAGAAGUAGUUAUACAGUACACAAAAUGAGGUCGCCAGAAUCUUCCAUUAGCUGAUUCACCACUACCUCCAAGUGAACUUAACCUGGUUUGCUACUCCACUACCCUCUUGGAAUACCCCACCUCCCACCCCCACCCCCCAGAUAAAUCUCUGUUACUAUAUUACUAGCCAGAUGGUGGUCAAGCACAGAUGUUAACUAAAUGGACUCGGGUGACACUGUACUGUAUGAAUGGAUGCAUUGAUUUAUAGAUUGACUCUUUAUUCAUAUUUAACAUCUGUUGCUUUACAACCUGGAACAUGUGAUUGUCUUACUUUGUGUUUUAGUUAUUUAUUGUGCAACCUGCAGGCAAAACUCAUUCAUUUAGCACAGUGUAAUGUUUGCUUUUGACUAUAUUCUGAUCAGUGCAGAUAUCAAUCAAGUUUUUACGGGGCCUGGCAUUGUAAUUGUGUUUACAUUUUUGUUGCCUUCGACUUGCAUACCUGAAUCUAGCCUGGCAUUUCAAUCGAAUCACACGAAUGCAUCAGACUGCCUGGCUAGUGCUUGUUGUGUGCAUAUAGUAGCUAAAGUGUAGUGCUAAUUGCUACCCAUGGGGCGUGCUGUUGAGCUGCUAAUUGUUUUUCUUUCCUUCAUUCCUGUCCACCUCCUCCAGCAAAUACUCUAAAGGCUCAAUCAGAGCCUAUUCUUCACAGUUUGUUCUUAACAUGAUCUACUUCAGUUACAGUGUGUUUAUUUGCAUUUCACUAAUAUAUUACUUCAGGAAAAGUGGCAAUUGCUUCGUUGGUCUUCAUUGCAGUUGUUUUUCUUAUUUCCACUGCAGUCAGGAAAAAGUCCAUUCAUCAAGUUUGCUAACAUGGCAUGACAGAAUUUAAUCAAUAAAGCAGUUAUGCAUGUUGUUA